GCACAACAAGUCUAGAAAUCCGCCACAAAAGACAUCUGUUCGUCCGUUCGAUUCAUCGCGACAACUUCGUCAUAUCCUGCACAGAGAUAGGUGCUUCGUAACCAGUUGUCCGUGUCAUGGAUGCUCUGAAACUGCUAUCCCGGUCCACUGGCCUGAAAUCAAAAAUUUCUAGACCAACGCCACAAAAUAUCCCCUCUGCAUCAGGACAAGCUCCCGGCCAAGAUGUGUCACAGUCUAGCGCAGGUCGGAAACGGAAGAGAGAAGCACAGGAACCAGAUAUUGAUGGUGCUCAAUCGACAAAGCCUGACCUGCUGUCCGAGCAGGAAAUCCGCCAACUUCACAAGAAGCACAAAAUCAAGAUUGUGGAUUUGAACCGGUUCCGAGCCAUGGGCAAGUCGUCAGAAUCAAGAAAGACGCAGAAAGAACAAUCGCGCUUAUUUCCUCAGCCGCUCACAUCCUUCGAUCAACUGCGUACGAACUAUGAGAUUAACGCGACUCUGGCACGAAACAUAUCAGAUCAGGCAUAUUUUGAACCGACCGAGGUUCAGAUUGCGACGCUGCCCUUGCUACUGAAGAGCUUACAUGAAGAACGAGAGGCUGAACCCAAUCUCUUGACCAUCGCACCAACGGGAAGUGGGAAAACUCUCGCUUUCCUUAUUCCACUGAUCGAGAAGAUGUCGAGAGCUCAUCGACACGCUGGCCCCACGAUCGACAGACAUAUUCGUGCCAUCAUUCUGGCACCCACGAAAGAAUUGGUCUUCCAGAUAGUUAAUGAGGGAAGGAAGCUGGUAACGAAGAUGGGCGUGACCAUUACAGCAGUAAAGAAAGGCAUGAGACUCUUCGAGGGACUAGCACCAUCAGAUGAGGAGGAAUCUGGAGAGGACGGAGAAGUCGAAGGCCAUGAGAAAGAAGGCGUGUCUUCUCAGACUUCCACUCUCGUCAAAGCUGACAUUUUGGUCUCGACACCGCUCAGCCUGGUACAUCUUCUCUGUCCGUCUUGGGAAGCAGACGAAGGCUCAACUCCACAACCGCUGCCCAACGUUGAAAGCCUGAUAUUUGAUGAGGCAGAUGUCCUCCUUGAUCCGCUCUUUCGAUCUCAGACGCUUGCUGUUUGGUACGCCUGCACGUCGCCUUCCUUGAGGGUGAGCAUGUGGUCAGCAACCAUUGGAUCAAAUGUCGAGGCGCUUGCCGUACAGACCAUCUCGGACCGCCAAAGAGAUCUCAAACUCUCUCGAAGUCAGUGCCCAGGACUAAUUCGGACCAUCAUUGGUCUGAAAGACACGAGCUUACCAACAAUCUCACAUCGGCUGGUAUACACUGCAACAGAAUCCGGAAAGCUUCUCGGUAUGCGGCAGUUACUUCACCCAUCGCGGUCAAUUUCAACCACGAAACGUCAAGACAACGACACUGCGCCGCUCCGGCCGCCGUUCCUGGUCUUCACACAGACGGUAGAUCGAGCCCAAGCACUAUACACCGAACUUCAAUACGAUAUUCCUGCCCAGGCAGGUGGCUCGUCCCGAGUGGCAGUACUACAUGCUUCUCUAUCUCAAAGAGCGCGGUCAUCCAUCAUGCAGGAUUUCCGACAAGGGAAGAUCUGGGUCUUGAUCACCACGGAUCUUCUAUCGCGUGGUGUAGAUUUCCGGGGAGUAAACGUGGUGGUGAACUAUGAUAUCCCGACCACGGUUGCCGGAUAUGUCCAUCGCGCAGGAAGGACAGGGAGAGGAGGGAGAGAAGGGGGUGUCUGUGUCAGCUUCUACACCAAAGAGGACAUUCAAUACGUGAAAGGCAUAGCAAACGUGAUUUCUGCCAGUCAGAAGGUUCAAGGAAACUCGGACAGUUCCACGAAAGACCCUCAUGACACAGACAGCAAGGGAAUAGGUUCAUCCGCGACGUCGGAGAUCCAGCCUUGGUUACUCCACGCGCUUCCUAGCGUCUCCAAGUCAGCAAGGAGGGACCUCAAAUUGCACGGUGUGAAGGCGCGUCGAGCCAUUCAUGCCGACGAUGACGAGAAAACCAAACGGAUGAAGCGGAAAGCGAAGAUCGGGACGCAGAGCGGUUACGAGAGAAGGGAAACGAACCGCAAGCGUGGUGCUCUUGAAGGGAGCCUACGAGCAAAAAGGAAGGCGCACCAGCAACAGGAGAUUGCAGAAUGGGAAGGCUUUGAGUGAAGUUGGCGCUGAUGCAUUGGGCAAUUACAGCACCUCCCCCGGUUCGUUCAGAGCAGUUUCCCAUUCCGACAGGAAUCGACUCGAGAUCAUCUGUAAGAGAUGGCACGGCCCGGUAUCCGGAUUACACACUGUCGUUUGCGCGUCACGUUGCAUCCGGUGGACUUCUUCGUCGUCAAGAUUCGCCCGACGGAUGGUCGAUGGAUGUCGAGUCGCGCCUGGAUGGGUUCUGUCGCCUUGUUAGGCGGGACCGCGAGGCAGGUUCACGUUUUGCAAGCCGGUGGCGAUCAACCGGUCGGAGAUGCGGCUACAGAGCCGACGUUGACGGCGACGACAUAAUCUGGAGGCAUGCUGGAAGCGCAAACGACAUAUGGAGGUCAUUCUCAUGGCGUGCAGUACGGAGUACUCAAUCACCCAAUGUACAGGGCGUCUCGAAACCGGCCUACCCCUAAAGACACAUAGCAACUUUAUCU